CCGUCCGCUGCGCCUCUGAGGGGGGGACCCCGGCGUCCCGACGGCGCCCGACGCGGCGUUCUAGAAGCCGAAGCCCCCGGGGGGCCCCGCGGCGGCGAUGGGCAAUCUGGAGAGCGCCGAGGGGGGCCCGGGCGAGCCGCCCCCCGUGUCGCUGCUGCUGCCGCCCGGCAAGAUGCCGAUGCCCGAGCCUUGUGAGCUGGAGGAGCGAUUCGCCCUGGUGUUGAGCUCCAUGAACCUGCCCCCUGACAAGGCGCGGCUUCUGCGGCAGUACGACAACGAGAAGAAGUGGGAUCUCAUCUGUGACCAGGAACGGUUCCAGGUUAAGAAUCCUCCCCACACGUACAUCCAGAAACUCCAGAGCUUCCUGGACCCCAAUGUCACCCGGAAGAAGUUCAGGAGGAGAGUGCAGGAGUCGACCAAAGUGCUGAGGGAGCUGGAGAUCUCGCUCCGUACCAACCACAUCGGGUGGGUUCGGGAGUUUCUGAAUGAUGACAACAAAGGCUUGGAUGUGCUGGUGGAUUACCUGUCCUUUGCCCAGUGUUCUGUCAUGUUUGACUUUGAGGGUCUGGAGAGUGCUGACGACGGCGCAUUUGACAAGCUCCGGUCCUGGAGCAGGUCCAUCGAGGACCUGCAGCCGCCCAGCGCCCUGUCGGCCCCCUUCACCAACAGCCUCGCUCGCUCUGCGCGCCAGUCUGUGCUCCGCUACAGCACCCUUCCUGGGCGCAGGGCCCUGAAGAACUCGCGCCUGGUGAGCCAGAAGGAUGAUGUCCAUGUCUGCAUCCUCUGCCUCAGAGCCAUCAUGAACUAUCAGUAUGGAUUCAAUCUGGUCAUGUCCCACCCCCAUGCGGUCAACGAGAUUGCCCUCAGCCUCAACAACAAGAACCCACGGACCAAAGCCCUUGUCUUGGAGCUCCUGGCAGCCGUGUGCCUGGUGCGGGGAGGUCACGAAAUCAUCCUUGCUGCCUUCGACAAUUUCAAAGAGGUGUGCAAGGAGAUGCACCGUUUCGAGAAGCUGAUGGAGUAUUUCCGGAAUGAGGACAGCAAUAUUGACUUCAUGGUGGCCUGCAUGCAGUUCAUCAAUAUCGUCGUGCACUCUGUAGAGGACAUGAACUUCCGGGUCCACCUGCAGUACGAGUUUACCAAGCUGGGGCUGGAGGAGUUCUUGCAGAAGUCGAGGCACACAGAGAGCGAGAAGCUGCAGGUGCAGAUUCAGGCGUACCUGGACAACGUGUUUGAUGUAGGUGGAUUGCUGGAGGAUGCCGAGACCAAGAAUGUGGCCCUGGAGAAGGUGGAAGAGCUGGAGGAACAUGUCUCCCAUCUCACAGAGAAGCUCCUGGACCUGGAGAAUGAGAACAUGAUGCGGGUGGCGGAGCUGGAGAAGCAGCUGCUGCAGCGGGAGAAGGAGCUCGAGAGCAUCAAGGAGACGUACGAGAACACAAGCCACCAGGUGCACACCCUGAGGAGGCUCAUUAAAGAGAAGGAGGAAGCCUUCCAGCGCCGAUGCCACCUGGAGCCUGGCGCUGGGGGCCUGGAGGGCGUGGGCAGUGAAGCCCUGGCCAGGAUAGGGCCUACAGAGAUGAAUGAAGGCACCCCGGCCUCCGACCUGGACCCACUGGCUCCAGCCCCACCCUCAGAGGAUGCCCUGCCCCUGCCUCCACCACCAGCUCCUCCCCUGCCUCCUCCACCUCCCCCUUUACCAGACAAGUGUCCGCCAGCCCCACCCCUUCCUGGCGCUGCUCCCUCUGUGGUGUUGACAGUAGGUCUGUCAGCCAUUCGCAUUAAGAAACCCAUCAAGACCAAGUUCCGGCUGCCUGUGUUCAACUGGACGGCACUGAAGCCCAACCAGAUCAGCGGCACCGUCUUCAGCGAGCUGGACGAUGAGAAGAUCCUAGAGGACCUGGACCUUGACAAGUUUGAAGAAUUGUUCAAGACGAAAGCCCAGGGCCCUGCCCUGGACCUCAUCUGCUCCAAGAGCAAGGCGGCACAGAAAGCUGCCAGCAAGGUGACCCUGCUGGAAGCCAACCGUGCCAAGAACCUGGCCAUCACCCUUCGCAAGGCAGGCCGCUCAGCUGAGGAGAUCUGCAGGGCCAUCCACACGUUUGACCUGCAGACACUGCCUGUGGACUUCGUAGAGUGCCUUAUGCGCUUCCUGCCCACUGAGGCCGAAGUGAAGCUGCUGCGGCAGUAUGAGCGUGAGCGGCAGCCCCUGGAGGAGCUGGCGGCUGAGGACCGCUUCAUGCUGCUCUUCAGCAAAGUGGAGCGGCUGACACAGCGGAUGGCUGGCAUGGCAUUCCUGGGCAACUUCCAGGACAACCUGCAGAUGCUCACACCGCAACUCAAUGCCAUCAUCGCGGCCUCUGCCUCGGUCAAGUCCUCGCAGAAGCUGAAGCAGAUGUUGGAGAUCAUUCUUGCUCUGGGGAACUACAUGAACAGCAGCAAGCGGGGAGCUGUGUAUGGCUUCAAGCUGCAGAGCCUGGAUCUGCUGCUGGACACCAAGUCCACAGACCGGAAGAUGACGCUGCUGCAUUUCAUUGCCUUGACGGUGAAGGAGAAGUACCCCGAGCUAGCUAACUUCUGGCACGAGCUGCACUUUGUGGAGAAAGCUGCAGCAGUGUCCCUGGAGAAUGUGCUGCUGGAUGUCAAGGAGCUGGGCCGGGGCAUGGAGCUGAUUCGGCGGGAAUGUGGCAUCCAUGACAACAGUGUCCUCCGGAGCUUCCUCAGCACCAAUGAGGCCAAACUGGACAAGCUGCAGCGCGACGCCAAGACAGCCGAGGAGGCCUACAAUGCAGUUGUGCGCUACUUUGGCGAGAGUCCCAAGACCACGCCUCCUUCGGUCUUCUUCCCUGUGUUUGUCCGGUUCAUCCGUUCUUACAAGGAAGCGGAACAAGAGAAUGAAGCCCGCAAGAAACAGGAGGAGGUGAUGCGGGAGAAGCAGCUGGCUCAGGAAGCCAAGAAGCUGGAUGCCAAGACCCCAUCGCAGCGGAACAAGUGGCAGCAGCAGGAGCUGAUUGCAGAGUUGAGGCGGCGCCAGGCCAAGGAGCACCGGCCUGUCUAUGAGGGCAAGGACGGUACCAUUGAGGACAUCAUCACAGGCCUCCACUGCCAGCCCGUCAUCGUCCGCCACCAAGCCAGGAGUGCUGCCCCGCCUGGCGGCCCUCCUCGGGCUCCAGGCCCCCGCUGAGACCUCACAGUCCAUGGGGAACCGGGGCCCCGCGGAUACCAUGCUGCCGUGCAGCCACCUCGGCUCCCGAGGUUGAUCUGACCUUGCCGUGUGGACACUGGGAGGGUCCAUGGAGCCUGGCACUUCCCUGCUGCCUCCAGUACUGCGCCUUGCCUCUGAGAGUCUCGACUCUGUUGGAAGGGGUCCCCAAGGUUGGCACAGGGCUUUGGCCUGUACAGGGACAGCGUGGUCCUCUUGCACCAAGCCCAGAGACUUAAGAGGGCAAGUGACCAUAUGCAUUGCUGUCUGUCCUCUCUUAGUCCCACGGUCGGCCCUGAACUCGACCUGCUCAUCGCAGAUCAUGCCUUGCUAGGACCAGGCCCCUGGUGGAGUGGGGCAGAGGCCAGGCUGUCCUUGCUAGAGAAAGGAUGUGCCAACAGCUCCCUCCCCACUCAGCUGGGGGCAGGGUGGUCUCAGCUCCCUGCUAGUUCCUGUGAGCGCCUUGGAGGGAACGCAAGGCCCACCCCUUUGUAUAUGUACCACUGCCCUUUCCUUUUGUACAUAAACCGCAGACCCUCCCUCUCUGAACAAAGGCUUGAAGCACCA